AUGUCUUCCUCCAACGCGUCUCUUUACCAUCAUAUAUCAAAGCCGGCGACUCAUAUGUUACCACAUUAUGAUGUGAUUGUAGUAGGUUCUGGUUAUGGAGGUGGCAUUGCAGCUUCUCGUAUGGCUAGAACUGGAAAACGGGUUGCAUUAUUUGAAAGAGGUAAAGAAAAAUGGCCAGGAGAAUAUCCAGAGAAGCUUAUCGAUGCAGCCAAAGAACUUCAUAUAUCAAAAAAUAAUAAAGAUUAUGGAAACAGGGUUGGAAUGUACCGUAUUUAUUUGGGCGACGAGCAAGAUGCGGUUGUUGCAAACGGUCUUGGUGGGACUUCUUUGAUUAACGCUAAUGUUGCAUUAGAAGCUGAUGAGAAUGUAUGGAAAAUGGGUGUAUGGCCUGAAGAAAUUAAGAAAAGCGAAAUAAAAGAAGCAUAUGAUCGAGCACGUCACAUGCUUCAACCUAAUCCAUACCCAGAAGAUUGGCCGGAACUACCAAAACUCACAACACUUGAAGAACAAGCUACCUUACUGGGCUACAAAGAUCAUUUCUACCGACCACCAAUCACCGUCCAUUUCAAACAAGGUGUCAAUAAUGCAGGUGUCUACCAAAAAGCGUCUACUCUCACUGGCAACGAUGUCACCGGAGUGAAUGAUGGCAGCAAAAACAGUACACUAAUGAAUUAUAUCCCAGAUGCGUGGAACCAUGGUGCUCAUAUUUUUUGUGAAAUUGAUGUAAAACGCGUGAAACAAAAUAAGAAGAAUGGGAAAUGGACUGUUUUUUAUGAGUGGUUGGGGGAUCCACGAUGUAAAUUUUGCUCAGAUUUUGAGAAUUCGAACUUUUUUGUUACAGCUGAUGUGGUAUUCCUUGCAGCCGGCACUUUGGGCACUAAUGAGAUUAUGUUGAGAUCCCGAGCUUACGGAUUGAAAACAAGUAAAAACUUGGGUAAAGGAUUUAGUGGAAACGGAGAUGUAAGUGUAAGUAUGGGAUGCAAAGACCCACAAGGAUUCCAAAAAAAGGUCGGUCCCUGCAUCACCGGAAUCAUGGACAUGCGGACACCUGUCGAUAAUGUAUUAGACGGAUUCGUAGUUGAAGAAGGAGUCGCACCAGCAGCAGUUGGACAUAUAUUCAAAGCGUUAGUAAAAACGAGUAGCGCUAUCAAUGGCAAAAAGCCACCGGAUCUCACAUUUUCUUACAAAGUACGGAAAAACUGGCGCCAAUUUUUGACUCCAUUUUCUGGUCUCUACGGUGGCGCAUUGAAUCACACGCAAACAUACUUGAUAAUGUCGCAUGAUGACGGUUCUGGAGAAUUCGAGUUUAAGAAUGAUCGACUUCAGAUGGGAUUUAAAGGCGUAGGAAGAACAAGUCAGAUUAAUCAUUUGAACAAAGUUUUGGAGGAAGCGACGCAUAAGUUACAUGGAACUUACAUUCCUGAUCCUAUUUGGACGAAAGUAUUUAAAAAUUCGUUGGUGACUGUUCAUCCUCUGGGCGGGUGUAAUAUUGGAAAAAAUGCACAAUCUGGCGUGGUUAAUCAUAAAGGGCAGGUUUUCAAAGGAAAAGAAGGUACAGAAGUGUACGAAGGACUUUAUAUUUGCGAUGGAUCGAUUGUUCCAACAUCUCUUGGUGUGAACCCAUUCUUUACCAUUUCUGCACUUGCGGAACGAAUAUGUGCAAAAGCUGCAGAAGAUUAUAAAUGGAAAAUUGAUUACCAUGAGGUGACGAAACCAAUAGAUUUCGAGCAUCCUUUAAUAGUUCAUGAAACACCGAAGGAAUUGAUAGAGCAAGGCACAAGAUUUAUAGAAAAUGAAAAAGGAGGAUUAUUAUUCUCGGAAGUGAUGAAAGGGUAUUUCUCGACGGAGAUUACUGAUUGUGAAUACGGAGAUGAAGCUUACCAUAUUGCUGAACUUCAAGCAAAAACUGCAGACUCAACAAUGUCAUUCUUAAUCUCAAUCAUCGCCUACGACGCCGAAACUCUAGUACGCAUGGAAAACCAUUCAGCUGAAUUAUUCGGAACAGUCACAUGUCGUGCACUUUCGCCUGACCCUUUAAUCAUAACUACAGGCUCGUUCCGUCUACUGGUUGAAGAUACGAAUUCCGUGGACAAUUGUAAAAUGAUGUACGAUUUGGAUCUGUUAAGCUCCGACGGCGAAAAAUAUAAAUUUGAGGGUUACAAAACCGUGUCUAAUGCACUUUUCCGUAAGGGAUGGAGGCAAACGACUACUCUAUACGUGACAGUGAAGUCGGAUAAAGGUCAAAUCGUUGGUCUUGGAUUGUUGCAUAUUGGAGCUUUGGAUUUCGCGACUACUCUUACUACUCUUAAGUCAACAGCUCCCACUUUCCGGGGUAGAUUGGCCAAUUAUAAGCGAUUUAUGAAUUACUUCUGUGGUCGUAUGUUAGCACAUUAUUGCCCGAUUCUUCUUCCAUUAAAAUAUCCUGAAGAUGCACUGCCUGUCAAACCAUUCAAAAAAUUGACACAAACAGAAACUUAUAAAGUCCAUGCCAAAGAUGGUGUUCAAUCGUUGUUGACUCGAUAUAAGGGUAAUGGGAAAGGACAUCAUCAUUUAAAAGGACCCGUGCUUUUUGUACAUGGCGCUGCAAUGACUCAUGAAAUGUGGACAACAAGUUUACUUGAACGCACGAUAGUCGAUGUUCUUAUCGAAGAUAAUUACGAUGUCUGGCUAAUUGAUUACCGCAUGUCUCCAUCAAAUAAAGCAUCACAUGAGCAACAUACGAUCGAUUCAAUGCGUUUAGAUAUCGCAGCUGGUGUUGAUAAAAUUCGUGAAAUCACGCACGUUGAAAAAAUUGCAAUUAUUGCUCAUUGUGUUGGAUCGAUUUCUACUUUUAUGGGAUUAUUAGAUGGUACCAUAACGGGUGUUGGUUCUCUGAUUGUGUCAUCAGUAGGGAUGCAUCCCACCCUUGCUCUAUUCAACAGUGCCAAAGCACACCUCGGCUUAGCCUACAUAUGGAAAUAUAUUCUCCGACAAAACUUUUUUGACAUGCGAACCUCCAAAAAAACCGACAUUUUCAAUCGAAUGCUCAACCAAAUGCUCCGAUUUGUCCCAGUUGGUCACGGCCAAAUAUGUCGUGGCGCGACGUGUCAUCGGGCGAGUUUCGCGUAUGGAUUACUUUGGCGACACGAGCAUCUCAGUCAACAAAUGCACGAUCACUUCGGUGAUCUCAGCGCGCAUGUUAAUAUGACUGCGAUGACCCAUCUAUUAUCGAUUGGGUUGAAGAAAAAACUUGUUGAUGCGAAAGGCGGGAAUGUAUAUGUUACUCAAAAGAAUAUUAAGGAGAAUUUGAAUUUCCCAAUCACUUUUAUUCAUGGGGAUAAAAAUGCUGUCUUUAAUCCAGUAGCCACAAAGAAAUCAUAUGAGGUCUUACGAGAAAUCAAUGGUCCGGAAUUAUAUAAACGCUGGGAGAUUGACAAUUAUGGACACCUUGAUAUUUGGUGGGGCAAAAAUUCACACGAAGAUGUUUUCUUCCGUGUCACUGAUCAUUUACGAGAUACCACAAGUCAUUACGGGUAUCAACCAGGGCAUUUUCAGCGUUUAGCCGAUAAUAUUAUUCACCAUGGAGAUGUAAAAUGA